AUGAUUAGGAUAGCUUAAAAAGUUUUUAUUCACUCAUUUUCUCACUUUGAUUAUUACUUAUUCAGACCCUUUUCUUGCAUUUAUAUUGGACAACUGUAUAAGAAAGCCAUGGUAGCUAUAUGGUUUUUAAGGUGAACAGCCAUGGAAAGAAGUAAUAGAAUUAUGGAUGCAAGCACAAAAGAUGGGACGAUAGAUAUUUCUGGAAAACCAGAAAUGAAAGGAAAAACUGGUGGAUGGAGAUCAGGAAUGCUAUUGCUCGUCAUCGAGGGACUUGCGGCUCUUGCAUUCACCGGAGUGGAAGUGAAUAUGGUUCUAUUCUCAAAAUCGGUAUUGAGGCAGUCGAAUGCAGAUGCAGCUAACACAUUUAGCACAUGGAUGGGAACUCUUAAUAUCUGCACUCUGUUUGGUGCUUAUCUUAGUGACUCAUACUUAGGAAGAUACCUCACUUGUGUUGUAUUUCAAGUUGUUUUAGUCAUUGGACUGGUGCUAUUAUCUUCGUCAACUCAGGCAUUCAUGCUUGAACCAAAGGGUUGUGGGAAAAUUGGAGAGCUGUGCAACCCUCAAUCACGAGGAGAAAUCGCUCUUUUUUACCUAUCAAUUUACUUACUAGCUCUAGGAAGCGGGGCUAUGGAACCGGCACUUGCCACUUUGGGAGCAGAUCAAUUCGAUGAAGAAGAUUCUAAAGAAAACAAGUCGAAAACUGCAUUUUUCAGCUAUUAUUAUGUUGCACUAAACUUAGGAUCUUUGAUUGCAGAGACUGUGUUGGUUUAUGUAGAAAACUUGGGGAAAUGGGUGUUGGCCUUCUGGAUAUCUACCUCUUCUGGUUUAGUAGCAUUGAUUUUACUGUUAAGUGGGGCAUGUAGCUAUCGGCACAUUAAACCUUCUGGAAAUCCCAUCUCCAGGUUUUCACAGGUGCUUGUCGCCUCCAUGAGGAAAAUAAAGCUUGAGGGAGAACGGCUUUAUGAAGCUCCUCGUAAGGAUGAAAAGGAAAGCGCUCGAAGAAAUAUAUCACAUACAGAUGAUUUCAAGUUUCUUGAUCGGGCGGCAGUUUUAACCCCAGAAGACGCAAUCCUGUUAACUAGUACACGCCAAAAUCCUAAUCCAUGGCGCCUCUGCACCGUUACACAAGUUGAGGAGGUCAAAUGCGUAUUUCGACUGCUUCCAAUAUGGCUCUGCACCAUUUUGGCCUCUAUAGUAUUUGUACAAGUCCUUUCUCUGUUCGUAGAACAAGGAGCUGCAAUGAAUAGAGAGAUAUCCAGUUUCCACAUACCCCCAGCCAGCAUGACUGCCUUCGACAUUAUAAGCACCUCAACUUUUAUCCUUUGUUAUGAAAAAGUCAUAGUUCCUUUAUACAUCAAACUAACAAGAAGGGAGCCAAACCCUCCUAGCGAGCUACAGAGAAUAGGAAUCGGAAUGGUUAUAUCGAUUAUAGGCAUGAUAGUCGCAGGCCUAGUCGAGCAAUAUCGUCUAAGGUAUGCAGACGUUAGAGAAACAAGUUCUUUAAGUAUUUUUUGGCAGAUUCCACAAUAUGUGCUCGUGGGAGUUUCUGAAGCAUUCAUAUAUGUCGCGCAAUGGGAAUUCUUUGCGUCUCAAAUACCAGAUGGGCUGAAGAGCUUGGGACUUGGCUUAUCGAUGUCUUCUUCAGCAUUAGGUAGUUACUUGUCCAGCAUAAUAUUGAGCCUGGUGAUGAAGAUCACAUCCAAGCAUGGGAAACCAGGAUGGAUACCUCCAAAUUUAAAUGAUGGACAUUUGGAUAGAUAUUUUUUCCUUUCAGCUGCUUUGAUUGCAUUGGAUCUUGUACUCUUUGUCAUAUGUGCUAACCGUUAUAAGUGUAUAGCAUUAGAGAAACGAAACGAAGAAAAGGAAACAGAGGAUCUACCUUGAGUUGAUGAAACUUCGGGACUAGGGCAAAGUUAAGAUGAUAAACAAGUGUACAAGGGAAAAGAAUGUAGUCUAAACAAUCAAAAUUUGGCUUUUCUAUUAUAGAGAUAGCUAAACAUCGAUUGAGUUUUUCAUUCCAAUUCCAUUAUACAUCAAAUUAUGCAUGUUUGGAUCAAGUCUUGUUCUUUAUA